AUGAUAACCACCGCCCUGACCAUCGCCGGCUCGGAUUCCGGUGGCGGCGCCGGCAUUCAGGCCGAUCUGAAGACCUUUGCGGCCCUCGGUGUGUACGGCACCAGUGCCAUCACGGCCAUUACGGCGCAGAAUACCUGCGGCGUUGACGCCGUGCAGGCCGUUGAUGCCGACGUCGUGGCGGCCCAGAUUCGCACCGUGGCGUCCGACAUUCCCAUCAGCGCCGCCAAGACCGGCAUGCUGUUUUCAACCGACAUUAUUCGCGCCGUCGCUGCCGCCGUGCGGGCCGCCAACCUGCCAUUUCUGGUGGUUGACCCCGUCAUGGUAGCCACGAGCGGCGACCGCCUGCUACAGCCCGACGCCGAGGCCAGCUUGCAAAACGAGAUCAUCCCCUUAGCCACCGUCGUGACGCCCAACUUGGCGGAAACGGAAGUGCUGACCGGAGCCAAGGUUCACACGCUCGACGACAUGCGCGCCGCCGCCGAGCAUCUGGUUGCACACGGCGCCGCCGCCGUGGUGGUGAAGGGCGGACAUGCCAUGACCAAGGCCACGGACGUGUUCUACGACGGCAACCGCAUGGAACUGCUGGAGAGCGUGGUGGUCGACACGACGAGCACGCACGGCACCGGCUGCACCUUUUCCGCCGCCAUUUGCGCUUAUCUGGCGCGCGGCGCCACCUUGCUGGAGGCCGUGCGCCGCGCCAAAACCUAUCUCACCGGCGCCCUGCAGAACGCUGACCCGAUCGGGCAAGGCAGCGGGCCGGUGGGGCACUUUUGGAACGUCACCCAUGCCGCGGAUUAG